AUGGAAAAAUCUACAUGGAGGAUUGCUAUAUGGGCUUUUGCCAACGUUAUUCCUGGGAAGCUUCCACUAACUCUUGAGGAUCAGAUCUUACCAGCAUUGCCUGGCCUUCGGGAACUCUUAUUGAUGCCUGAUGAAUUAGUUUUACUAUAUGCAUGCUCUAUUCUCUACUGGAUUACUCGGGAUGGUUCAGGCAAAAUGGUUCAAGCUAUCCUUGAGGGAAAUUUUUGCCCGCGACUUGUAGAGUUACUACUGUAUCCGAAGUCAGAAGUUGUAGUGACUGCUCUGCACGCUCUAGGAGAAAUUGCUUGUCGUAAUGAUGCUCAGACUCAGGUUCUAAUUAACAGUGGAGCUCUCCUUUGUCUUAAAGAUCUUCUUACACAAAGUGAUAAAAUCAUCCUUCAAGAAGCUUGCUUUGUCAUUUUGAAUAUCGCAGGUGGGAAUAUUGCUCAAAAACAGGAUGUCAUUGAUGCCGAUCUUAUUAGUUCUCUUGUCCGUCUCACAAAGGCUGACUUCGAGAUUAGGAAGGAGGCCGUGUGGGCUAUUUGUAAUGUCACUGAGGGAACUCAUGAGCAUAUUCGGUACUUGGUGCGUAAUGGGUGCAUCGAGGCACUCUGUGAUCAAUUGACUAGCACAGACGCGGAUAUGCUGGGACUUUGUCUGACUGGGCUGUAUAACAUUUUAAAGGCAGGAGAAAUUAACAAGGAUAAGAUUAAAGAGUGUGCAGGAUUGGAUAAGAUUAAAAGAUUGCAAAGCUGUAACAUGGCGGUGUACAUUUUGAAGACAUAUUUUCCUGAGGACCUUGAAGCUAUAGCUGAAGAGAAACCGUAG